ACUAACCUAUUUAAUUUACCUGUUAUAAAUUGAUAGGCAAAGGCAAGACCUAUUAUUCCAGUAAAAGUAAAACAGUUAAUUAUAACCUUUUGUGAAAGAGAGGCAAUAAGAAACGCUAUCUAUAAUUUAUAAAAAAUCUUCCAAAAUGAGUGCGGCUACUAUGAAAAAAUCUGCUCUGUUUAUUUGCCUGGGUAACAUCUGCCGGUCGCCAAUCGCAGCUGCCGUGUUCCGUCAGGCUGUGCGGGACCGAGGUGAACAAGACAAGUGGAUCGUGGAGAGUGCGGCUCUCGGGUCCUGGCACGUUGGUAAUCCUGCUGACUAUCGAGCCCAGGAAGUUCUCAAGUCACAUAAUGUCGAUCACAAACACUCAGCCAGGCAAAUAAAAAAGGAGGAUUUCAAUAAGUUUGAUUACAUAUUUGGGAUGGACGAUGAGAAUAUGAAAGCUCUGAAAAAGAUGGCGCCAGAGAAUUGCAAGGCCCAGGUUCUGCUGCUGAUAUCAUUUGAUCCACAAGGCGAUAAGACCAUCAGGGACCCGUACUACGACUCUGACAGCCGGGGGUUUGAGCUGUGCUACCAGCAAUGUGUUCGAGCCUGCAACGGAUUCUUGGACGGGUUAAGACAGUAGGUCAUGGGAUCAACAUAAUACUAUUUAAAUGCCUGGCUACUUAAAUACUCAAUUUGUAAAGAAAACAGCUCAAACGCCUUGUGGCAGGCUUGAAAAACCUACCAAAAAUUUAUCAUUCACUCUUGCUGUUGAAACACUUACACAACUUGUAAAGUUGUUUUUUUUAAUAAGUAACGUUAAUAUUCUGGUUACAUGCUCUAAAUAAGCGGUUUACAAACUUUUCUGGAGAUUUUCUAUGAAAUAUAUCUAUCAGAUCUAUUGCAAGAAUAUAAAGAUUUAUUUAUUUUAUAUAAAUUGCUUUUGAGAAUAUAACAUCAAAAAUCAAUUAAGUUACUAAAAAAACCUGUAUUGUAAUGUUCUUGCUUUACAAUUUGUUUAAGAGUAGUAGGGCCUACCCCUAAGUUUAAGUUUCCCUUUCUAAACACAACCGUAUAUCUCAAAAAUUUUGCCAAUCCUAUUUUAUUUUUACGAUAAGAAUUAUUUUGACAUUCCACAUACCUCAAGAGGGUGGGAGUUUGAUCCAUGUUUACAAAGUGAAAAGUUAGUCUAAUAAAAUAUGUUAGGAAUUAAUUUAUUUAACUACAUGUAUAGUUUUAAUAAUAAAUUUUGCCGAAGAAUUUAAUAUUAUAAAUUUGUUAAAAUGUGUAUGUUGUGCUCUUUAUAAUGUUAAAGUAUGUAGGCUAAGGCAAUUUAUAACAGAUCUUUAUUUUGAUUGGUUUAACCAUUUUAGCUAUCUCUAAUGAUAUUACAAGGACCAAAGCUGAAUUUUUGUGUGUACAUAUCACCAACUUCCUUCAUAAUAAACCUGCGUACUCAAAAAUAUAGGUAUCAUCCUCUUCUUUAUAUAUAUAUAAAAACUAUGUUAGUUUUUUUUUUUAAAUCUUGCAUGAUAAAAGGUGGUCCCACCAAGGAUUUCUGAAGCUAAUAAACAACUACAGUAAUGAAAUUGAAUUAUUCUUGCAUUUAAAUUGUGAUAUUUAUCAAUUAAUUCAGAUUUUUCUUUUAAUGAAUUUCAGAAUGGAUAAUGAAUGUGUUUCACAACAUCACUACACUUGUUUCUUUUGUUUGGUAAUGUUAAAAUGUACUGAACUACAAAGUAGUGAUGUGCGAUACGUAUUGUAUCGUAUCGGAAUAUCGCGAUACGCGAGGGACGAUACGAUAUUUCGAUACGAUAUUUGAAAAACGAUACGUAUCUUAUCGCCUAAAACGAUGCAUUUAUAUCGGCACAUAGAGCGAUACGAUUCAUGUCAAAACGAUAUCUUUAAGCUUUUUUUGCGCAGGCCGAGCAAACUGCAAAAUCUGUACUCUGUGGAUGUGUAGUUUGAAAUAGGAGUUUUUGACGUCUGUAUUUUUGAUUUUUACUUGAUAAUGUACCAGUCCCAUCCCAGUCCAGUCCAAUUCCACUAGCGUGCUAUCUAGCACUAGCAGUGCAGAGUGUGGGAACUGUUUGUGGCAAUUACAUUAAUGUAUCUGCAAUACUAAGACUGUUUUCAGAGUAAACUAAUGAUUUUCCCCGAGCAAAGCUUGGUCCCCAGGUACUUAUAUAAAUUUGCCGUUUCUAGGUUAGGUAGGGGAGGGGGGAAACGAUACGAUACGUAUCGUUUUUCGAUAUUUUUGACGAUACGAUUCGCGUAUCGCGAUACAGACGCCCGAUUCAAUAUGGCGAUACGAUAUUUUUUUCCGAUACGUACCGUAUCGCUGUAUCGCGAUACGCGUCCGUAUCGCCCAUCACUACUACAAAGCAGGCACAAAACAUGACUUGUAGUUCAAACCAUACAAGAAGUUUUAUGUAAAAUGAAACAAAACAAAUUAUAUUUGAUUUAGAUUACAACCAUGUUACUAAUAUUCAAAUGAGCAAGAAAGACAAUUUGGUAGCACUUGAAAAGUGUUUUUGUGUAAUGAAUGUUAUUGCUUGUGAUAAGAGUACCUGCGUAAAGUCUGCAUGGAUUAAUAAUGCAAUUUUUGUUGUAAAUAAAGGCAUUUUUAACAUA